AUGGGACGACCUGUGCGAAAAGGUUUAACGUCUGCUAGAGAAUGGCAUCUGUCGAUUAGCGUCGAGAAGAGUGAGUGGGGUAUGCCAUGUGUGGCGGACCUGGGCCACGUGGUAUCGGACCUGGGGCUCGGGGCGAAGCCGAAAAACCUGGAGUCCUCGGCGACUUUGGAGUUCCCACGAACGUUGAAAGAUCUUCAAUCGUUUUUGGUUCAUCCCCAGUUCGCGAUCUCUGCAACGAGGCUAUACUCGCUCAAGGAACGCGAUUUUGGCAAAUACGUCACGGACCCGAAAAACUGUGAACAGGAAAAGUGA